CUGUGUCCUCCUCUCUUUCAUACCAUUCUGUGUCCCCCUCUCUUUCAUACCAUUCUGUGUCCUCCUCUCUUUCAUACCAUUCUGUGUCCCCCUCUCUUUCAUACCAUUCUGUGUCCUCCUCUCUUUCAUACCAUUCUGUGUCCUCCUCUCUUUCAUACCAUUUUUUCCCCCAUUCUUUUUUCUUUUUCUCUUUUACAGUCAUUGAGCAUCCCGAAAACAAUGCAGUGUGGACAUCCCCUGGGACAGCACGAUCUCGCAGAAAGAGAGAGGUGACACCGCGAUUUGUUAGGUCCAAUGACAAUGUAGCCUAUUGCUCGGUGAAGAGUAAAGCAAGUUUGAUAUGAUAACUGUUUGUAUAGGAGGAGGACCCAACCGAACAAGCAUGAGUCAUAGCGCACAGCCACAUCUUCGCUAGACCCUCGCAAGAAAAUCGAUAUUACAUGCUUGACCCAAUUAUCAUUUAGGCUACCUCCUCUGAUCAGACCUGUAUCCCGAACCGCUCCGAUCGAAGGCGCGGCUUUAUGUCACGGAGACCUGCUUGAAAUUAUUUCAUUGAUAUUCAGCCGGGUGCUUCAGCCGCACCGUGGAAACAAACGGGCUAAAUAGCGCAGUAAUCAACCCCCGAAUAUGAUAUGAUACGGGGACUACACCGCACCAGGGAAUUACACAAAUAGACAGGGACAGGAUUGUGGACACCUGGUUCGACUUUGGAUCCCUACAGUAGAAGUGGCUCAGAGGACUGUCUCAAUACAGGAUGGGAACCAACCCAAAAAGGACAGUGACAGUCCAAAUGGUCCCUCAGCUGGCUGGAGUGGAAGCUCUGGGAAACCAGGAGUCUAACGCCAACUGGGCUAAAGAACCUAACCUGAACCUCACCCAGGGUUGCACUGCCCCCACCACUACCACUACCCCUGUCCUUACAGAACACACACAGGUUAACCUGUGUCUGACAACCCCCAACACAACCUCCAGGAUCCAAUCAACUGGCCAUGGACAACCGGUUGGCGGCGGGGUGGGGUCCAACACUAACACAACUUUCUCGACCAAUGGCGACGGAGGGAAAUCGCCAUCGGAGCAUGUGAUUGGAAUAGAGCAGCAGAUGGUAUUGACAUGUCGAGGAGGUGUGAGUGUAACCGAGGCGACGGCAGAGGGCCGUAGGGACGGCAACGCCAAUUUGACAGCGUUAACCCCCACAGCCGCCGCCGAGGAGAAGGAGAAGCAUAUCUGUAAGGCAAGCCUGUCGUCCGCCAUUACAUCAUCAAAGGUUGACGUGCAUACAAAUUACUGCAGAGAGAAAGAGCCUGGUGGAGCAGGGGCGGGGGAGGGGUGUGCAGCCAAGCCAUCGCCAGAGCCCACAGCAGUACAGAGUGCUACAGCCAGAGUUUCUGCAGUAGCUAAAGAGGAGUCACUACUAGAAGGGGACAACAAAAACGCAACCACACCAAAUCAACAUCCCCCUCAGACCUGUGAUCCAAAGCAUACCUCGGCCUCUGAAGUGCUGACGUCUCUGACGACUCCCAAACAAGGUAAGGCAGAGGGAGCUGCAGUGACUACAAACAAGGUUGCUCCGCCUCCUUACAAAUCAAAAGAGGCUGAUAAUAGUGCUACAACACAGAGUCUCUCACCUUUACCUAGCCCCGCCACCGCCACCAACCCUACUCCACCAGAACGUCCUCUACAGGCCUCUAAAGGAAAUACGCCCAAGACAAACUCUCAGAACCCUCCUUCCCAAAUGGAAUAUAAUAAAACGGCAGCUACAUCGCAGCCGGAACAGACCAAGGAGACUACAGUAGCUCCUGUCAAUGCUGCCAUCACCAUCACACCUCCAUCAUCAGACAGCAAGGAAAACGUAGGGCUUAGGAAUAAGGCCUCAAGUCCGGCACCUCCCGAGAAGAAGGAUUUAAAACCUACUCCAGUAGCAAAGACAGAGAUCUGCUUAGAUAAACACCUGCAGGCGGCAUCGUCAGAGUCUUCAUCACAGAAGGAUUCUCCCUCGUCACCCAACGAGGCCCAACAGAACCAACAGCCGGAGGCCCAACAGAGCCAGAACCAACAGCCUGAGGCCCAACAGGGCCAGAACCAGCAGCCUGCCCACCAUGCAGCACAGGUGACAGAUGAAGCCGUCCAGACUGCCUCGGUCUCGGAGGAGAUGCAACAGAAAACCCACUGCAAACUAUACCGGGAGGCCUCCACCAUGACCCGCACCCCCAUCGCCACCCCCACCGCCACCCCCACCCAUAGCAAGCAAGGCCAAGAUGUGGAGGUCCAGGCAGUGGCUAACGUGUGCAGCCGGGCGGUCUCCACCAGCCCCAGCCUGUUUCCUCUGCCCCCGCCCUACAGGUCCACUGACAGAGGUGCUGCCCUGAGGGAGGAAGCAGCAGCUGAGAGCCUGUCUGUGGUCUACCAGGUGCCCCUCCACCAGAUUCACAUGGGCAGCAGUCCAUCCUGCCCCCCGCCACCUAACUACACCGCAGGUCUCAGGUCCGGGUCAGAGCGAUUGACCCUGGAGGCGGGGUUAUGCUCCAGUCAGAGUGCUGGGGUGGUGCUCCAUGCAGAGGAGGCGGUGGCGGCCCUCCAUGCAGAGGUCGCCAGGCUGGGGGCCAAGCCUAAAGAUCUGGCAGUCGGGGGGGCAGCAGCGCUAUGCAACAUCCAGCAGAGAGGAGCACUCCCGCCUCUGCAGCCCGUCUACCAGAUCAACAUCGAGCCGAGCGGCGGCCAAAACGAGCCGGUAGCUAAAGCGAAUCAUCACCAGCAUCGAGGCGAGAAGGCAGUGGCAGACUCCCAAUCCAAACCCAAUGCAGAGAAACCAAAGGUGUCUAAUGAAGCGCAGACCGUGCCAACGCAGCCUGCCAAGCCUCCCUCUGCUAAAGCGCCAUCCCCCUUGUCGCCAACUGCCGCAAGCAAGACCAAAUCCUCCGACAAUAAGGCUGCUCCUCCUCCUUCGCAGUCAACUCCUUCCGUUACCAAGCCCAGCCAGGCCUCAACGACAACCUCCAAAAAAACAGAGGACACUAAACCCAAGACGGCAGUGAAAGCAGCGAAGCAGAGCAUUGUUAAGGGGGUUGGGGGCGUUAAGGCUUUGUUGGGCAAGAAGAAGCAGGAGCAGCUGGAGCCGGAGAGGAAGGAAAAGGAGGAUGAAGACGAGGAGGGGAAACAGAAAGGAGAGAAGAGCGUGCACGAUGUGCUGUGGGACGAGCAGGGGAUGACCUGGGAGGUGUACGGAGCAUCCGUUGACCCCGAGUCUCUUGGCUUUGCCAUCCAGAGCCACCUGCAGUGUAAGAUCAAAGAACAAGAGAAGAAGGUCGUGACCCAGUCAUCACUCAGGAAGUCCAUCUCAGUGCCGCCGGUGGUGCCCGACUCGCCCGCCACCGUUGCCGUGGACGACGCCAACAGCAGGAAAAACAAGAGGAGGCAGCAGAACGUUUUCAGGUCCAUGCUGAAAAAUGUCAGACGGCCCAAGUGCUGCGCACACCCUCCCCCUACCGCCGUGCUGGAGUGAGAAGGAGAAGCAGCGGGCUGUAUGCAGCCCACACCCUCCCCCUACCGCCGUGCUGGAGUGAGAAGGAGAAGCAGCGGGCUGUAUGCAGCCCACACCAUCAGCUGAGUCCCCUAUAAAGCAGGCUGGUUCACCCCUUGUUAUGGUUCCUCCGAUGCCAAGCCAUGUGUGGAUAUUGGGAUCUCUCCCUAACCCUACUGGUCAGAUGUUGUGGUAUACAAUGUUACCUUAGAUAGGGUUGAUGAUUAUCAACAGAAGAGGGCAAAACAAAAAGCUAAAAUAGGUUCUUGUUAUGGACAACUUAUUUUUUAGAUGAGAGAUUCUAACAGUAUUUAAUGAAAAAUGGCAAUAAUAUUAUCUUAGUGAAACGCAUGUGUGUUAGUACUUAUGGCAGUCAUAACUCAUUUUACCACUAUGAAGUCCUGGUGUAUACAGUACAUGCCUCUGAUCUUUGGGCGUACAUACAUAUUACUGUCAGUAUCAUACCUUUUACAGAUGUGCAACUAAAUAUCACUACUUCUCAGUGCAGUGGGUGCAUUGUGGUAUAUAUACAGUCCGAUUACGUUCCGGGUAUUGGACAACCUCUAUUUAUACGAUCAAUAUAUUAUUAGUAGUUUUUUUGUUGCAGAUUUGAUUUUGAAUGGGUAACUACUUAUUUUGUCUUGAUAAAGAAGAAGAAUAAAACCUCUGCUGUGCUCAUUUCCGUAUGUCUUAUAUACAAUAUAACACUGGGCUUGUGUGCAUUUAGGUGCUCUAUAUUUAGUCUCUGUUCUCUCCGUUUUGGAUUUAAAAAAACUCAAGGUCGAAAACUGAUCUACAGCCGAGCAGUUUUUGUCUGGAUUCAUUGACAGGUGUUUCAAGAGAGCGUUAGCAGCAUGUAUCCCCACAGUGUGAGUUCCUCAGUUACAAUGUGUUAUCAGAUAUUGCUUGAGGAUGGGUAAAGGGUCUGUUUGAAGCAAUAUAGCAGCUGAUAGCUGAUCUAUGGGGACCGGAAACGAUUGAGAGCGUGAGUAAUGUCUAGUAGUAGAGACAUUGCUAAUCCGAGGAGCUCUGAGGUCUCUAUUUUUAAAUUCCUCUUCCAAUUGGUCUGUGAACCAUCCUCAUGAAACACCCAGCUUGUCAUGUCCUUUAUGGAAUCAUAAUACUCUUCUUUUUUUAAACUAUUGGUUAGACUCUGUUCGUAUAUAAUAUGAAAUGUCAGCUUUUUGAUUUGCUCUGAUUCAAAACAUAAAUAUA